AUGCCUAGCGAAGUCACACUCAGUGUCAUUGAUGAUGACCUAAAGGAUGUCAUCCAAAACUUCUUCGAGAUUCAAUCGGCGGUCCAUGGGUAUAUCGGGCCAGAAACACAGCCUGAACUCAUUCGAAAGCUAAAGUCUCUUACCAUAUCCCUUAAAACGCUCUCUGAUCAUACUACCCUCGAUCCAGCCCAUGCAGAUGCUGCAUCAAAACAACCCAACUCCAACCCUGCGUUACCACAAGCGGACCCUCCCCUACACACCAUCCAACUACCGCCAGAGAUCGUUGACUACGUAGAUGCAGCGCGUAACCCAGACAUAUACACGCGAGAAUUUGUCGAGCUAGUACAAAAAGGAAACCAGGAUUUGAAAGGCAAAGCCGAGGCCUUCUCUUCUUUCAGAGACACUCUUGCGCGGGAGAUGGCUAGCGCAAUGCCAGAAUGCAAAAAGGAGGUGAUAAGGGUUGUUAAGGCGACUGGCGGCGAUGCCCAACAGUUAUGA